UGAGGACGCGCCCCUAAAACCGAGGGCCUUGAGAGAGUCUCCACAGACAGCCACAUCACUGCGGCUCCAGCAUGCUGUGCGCCACCGUGUUCCUCUGCGUUCUCGCCGCGUGCUCGUGCGCACCGCCGCGCUCCUGCGAACCCGGAGAUCAGGAUCUAGGAAGAUGCAAGGAACAUGUAAAAGAGAAACUGCAGUGCACAGACAUGGUGCUGAGCUACUGUCAGGAUGUGCCCUAUCGUCAGGUUGUCUUCCCCAACCUCAUCGGGCAGCAGUCGCGACAGGAGGCCGAGCAGAGCACUGAGUACCUGCUGCUUAAUGUGCUGCACGGCCUGCUGGGGGGCGAGUGCUUGCCCGAGCUACGUUUACUUGGAUGUUCUGUGUUGGCUCCACGAUGUCAGAACCAUGCCAGAAUCAAGCCAUGCCGCAGCUCAUGUGAGGCAGUGAAAAAGAACUGUGUGCAUGCCUUUGACGCCAUCCGCAUGGCCUGGCCCUACUUCCUGGACUGUGACCGUUUUUUUGCAGCUGAGGAAGAGGGCUGCCACGACCCACUGUCUGAUUUCAGAGUCAGGCAAGAUGUUGCCCUCUCCGGCAUCUCAGAUGGAGGCCAUUCUACUGUUCUUCAGUUCACGUACCACACUAACGCUCAAAUGUUCAGCAUCCUGAAGAAGACGGCAGCCAAAUGUCCUCAGAUCUCCCGAACCUACAACAUCGGCCGUAGCGUGGAAGGCAAGGACCUGCUGGUCAUUGAGUUCUCCAGUAAUCCUGGACAACAUGAGCUACUGGAGCCGGAGAUUAAGUUGAUUGGGAACAUGCACGGGAAUGAGGUUUUGGGCCGGCAGCUGCUCAUCUACCUGGCCCAGUACCUGUGCUCUGAGUACCUGCUGGGCAAUGAGCGCAUCCAGAGUCUCAUUAACAACACCCGCAUCCACCUGCUGCCCUCCAUGAACCCAGACGGCUAUGAGAUCGCCGCCUCUGAGGUAGCCGAUAGCAACGACCCUGAAAACACCAACCCAGAAGGUCACCUGUAUAAUGGCUGGGUAAGCGGAAGAGCCAAUGCUCAGAACAUUGACUUGAACCGCAACUUUCCUGACCUGACCUCCAUUUACUACAACCGACGACGCUUUAUCCGAUUCCGCACCGACCACCUCCCCAUUCCCGACUCGUACUGGCUGAAUAAGGUAGCUCCAGAAACCUAUGCUGUGAUGAAAUGGCUGAGGUCCAUUCCAUUUGUUAUCUCUGCCAGUCUACAUGGUGGAGAGCUUGUCAUCUCAUAUCCUUUUGACUUCUCCAGACACCCUGAUGAAGAGAAAAUGUUCUCUCCCACACCUGAUGAGCAGAUAUUUAAACAAUUGGCCAGGACCUAUGCAGAUGCUCAUGCUACAAUGGCCAGCAAUGAGACCCAGAGAUGUGGAGGCUCAUUUUCCAGCAGAGGAGGCAUCAUCAAUGGAGCUCAGUGGUACAGCUUUGCUGGAGGCAUGUCAGACUUUAACUACCUGCACACUAACUGUUUGGAGUUGACGGUGGAGCUUGGUUGUGAUAAAUUCCCUUCAGAGGAAGAACUUUAUCCUGAGUGGCGCAGGAACAAGGAAGCUCUGCUCAGCUUCAUGGAGUCUGUCCACAGAGGAAUAAAGGGUGUUGUGAGAGAUAGAGAUGGGAAUGGAAUUAAAGGAGCCAUCAUAUCUGUAAGAGGGAUACGGCAUGACAUCACUACAGCUGAAGAUGGUGACUACUGGAGACUGCUGAUUCCGGGUGUCUACAUUGUAACGGCCACAGCUCCUGGCUACUCUAAAGUUGUGAAACGCAUCAAGCUGCCUCACACCAUGCAGAAGACGGGCCGCGUGGACUUUGUGCUAAAAAGGGAGCCAGUAGAACCUGAUCUCGACUACUUAACCAUCCCUGAGCUGGAUAAUUACGAUCGCUUUGACCCUUUUAAUGCUUUUGAGCAGCACAAUGAGCCAGAUCGUGGAGAGAACGGAGAGGAGAGAAGCGAGAAGCCUUGGUGGUGGGCAUACUUUAGUCAACUGGGGACAUCCCCUCCCACUUGGCUUCUCAGGAACUAUUAACACCCUCACAUUGCCUCUAAUUCCCAUAACUGCCUUCUAUAUACAAGCUAAUGCACCUUAGAUUUAGUCUUCAUCCCAUUCUUAAGAUAAAGUUAUAAUGUAUUGUUUAUAAUAAUCUAACAUUUCGGUUAGAUGUUUAAGACUUGUUUUAGGACUGUACCUCAUAACUUGAUCUUGUGUUUGAAGCAGAGAUUACCAAACCCAUAUGAAAUUUCUAAUAACAGCUUAUUUCAAUAAUAGAUGGCAGCUAGACCAUUGCUUGGCUAGAGUAAGAUGUUUUGUAACGCAGACGUUUUAUGUGCAGGCGCAUUACGCCAAAUCCUAUUUAAUGUAAAAGGAACCCUGGAUUUUCAAUUAAAUCAAACCAUUGGUAUGAGGCAAAUCUGCUUUCCAUCAAAACACAUGACCUUCAAUUGCAAAUUGACUGGAAUAAUUAAAUUAGGGUGUGAAUAUCUGUUUCUUCUCAUUCUGUGCAGAGCUUGUGUACAAUAUUCUUUUUUUUGGAGAGUUAACAAUUAAAUUUGUUAAACAAAUGUUUUUGAGCAUUAUACACAUCAGGUGUAACCUGUACAAUUCUACUCAACAAUGGGUUUAAAUUCUAUAAACCCUGGUCUACAUUUGGUCUGAUUUCUCUGACAGAGCCCUAUUUUGGAACUAAUCUCUGGAACAGAGCUUGACAUUGGGUUUCAAAUCUGUAACCAAUUUGGGUCUACUUUGGGUCUGAUCUGGAAAUUAGAUUUAAGUUGUAAAUUAGUUCUGAUAAAAUAAGAAAUUGGGACUAAUGCAGUAAUAAUAUAAAUGCACAUGUACUUGUUAAAUUGCAAGGCUUUAUUCUGAACCCUACAUCACAGGAUUUCUCUCCUUUCCACAGCUUUACUAACCAAAGAACCUUGAAGAUUUUUUUCUAAGGCUGUAGCAAACAAUAAAAAAAAAUACAAAUAAAAAAACCCUGUUGCACUAUAUGCAAUAGGUGAAUACAUUUAGACCAGAACUAUUGCUAAGAUUGGCAUUGGGUUUAAUCUGUAUAUGAGAAUAUAUAUUGCAUAUAAUCUAUAUCUGAUCUCUGUAAUGGGUCUAAUCUGCUGCUGAGCUCUGUUGGGUCUAAUUUGUCUUUGAGCUUUGUACCUCUGUACUUGUGAUCUGCAUUGGGCCUGAACUGUACUUGAGUUUUUUUUAUUGGGUCUAAUUUUUAUUUGACCACUGUAUUGGGUCUAAUCGGUCUUUGGGCUGUAGACUGUGUCUCAUCUGUAUCUGAGCUCUGUAUUAGGUCUAAUCUAUACCUAAUCUCUAUGUUGCAUCAAAUCUUCAUAACUGAGGUCUAUGCUGGGUCCUAAAUCUGUAACUGGGGUCUACAUUGGAUCAGGUUUUUAAUCAGGUUUUACAUUGGAUCUAAUCACAGCCACUGGAGUUAUGAUUGGUUUAAUCUCUCAUGAUGAGGUCUACUUUAGAUCGAAACAAAGCGUUACAAAGUUUUUAGUCGACACUGAAUCUAGUUUCUGUAUUUGAGGUCUAAAUUUGGUCUAAUCUCAGUGAUUUAAGAUUAUUUUGUGUCUAACAUCUAAAGCUGAGGUCCACAUUGUGUCUAAUUACAGUGAACACGUUUGGGUCUAGUCUCUAAGAUUUAUAGGAAAAUGUAACUGUACUGCCCUGAGAAUUGUCUUCCUAGUCCAAAUGUUCUAUGCCCUGCAAUUAGUAUAUACAAACACAUAUUUUUUGCUAUGUCCACUGUAGUUGUUUUAGACAUUUGCACAGUGUUUAUUAAAAUGUUGCUAUAUA